UGGAGAUGAAUGUUCCCCUCGGGCCGUUUUCAUAACAUGGAGAUGAGCCAUUGAGCCUGGAAAGAGGAGCACUUUGUGUCGGACCAUCAAUCUGCCGCCGGCUUCUGGAAACACAGCGGUGACACAGCGUCCCCUGUGCGGAAGAGGGGGCGGAGCUCCACGCAGCCCCGGCUCGCCGCGCGGGUUCGAAGGCAGGCCCGGCGGCAGCGGCGACGCCAGAAACCCCCCGAAGACACAGGAGACGUCACCGUGCAUUCGGCAGACCGGGGGGGUGCCGAGUCGCAUCAGUUUGAAGAUCAGAUGCAGAAGAAGACCAGACGGGCGGAAAGGGAGAGCAUCGCAGAACGCGUGGGGCGUCCAGGGAGAAGAUCAGAGAAGAGAGCAGGACCGGGGCGGCGCGACGGUGAUCAGUAAGGAGCAGUGAAGAGGAGUGCGCGUCUGUGUCGUCCUCAAGAAGGUUCACGAAAGCCAGCAGAGGAGCUCACACACUGUGCGUCUCAAACUAAGAGCCUGCUGGCCCAAAGGCGACCGGCCGGUACCCUUCGGCUCCAUCGACCCCCGGCUCGGCCAUGGAAUCCGGCGCCUUCCUGGACGGGGGUCGCCUAAUCUACAGCAUCACGAUCCCGCUGUCGACGGUGAUCAUCCUGACCAACCUGCUCAUCCUCCUGGGCAUCGCCUGCAACCGCAAGCUGCACAACACACCCAACUACUUCUUCGUGAGCCUGCUGGUGGCCGACCUGUGCACCGGCAUCGCCCUGCCCUUCGUGCCUUGGAUGGGCGUGAACCGCCAGCUGGACUUUGCCACGUGCCUCGUGGUGCACAUCUUCCCCAACUUCCUCUUCCUGUCCUUCCUGUCCAACCUGGUGAUGGUGCACUACGAGCGCUACCUGUGCAUCGUGAGCCCGCUGCACUACGGUCGCUGGUGGGCCAACCGCUGCUUCCCGCUGGCGCUGCUGGCCGUGUGGGCGCCCCCGCUGCUAUACGCCUCGCUGCCCGCCUUCGGCUGGAACAACCGGGAUGUCGCGGGGUCGGGGAACCAUAGCGGUGGCGCCGAGGACCGCAACGGCACAACGGACGGCAGGAACCGCUCUCUGGCGCCGGACGCGAACGAGUGCAGCUACCGCGUCGUCUUCCCCGAGGACUUUAUCUACCUGGAGGUGUACGGGCUGCUGCUGCCCGCCAUCCUGUCCAUCGUGGUCAUGACGGCACGGGUGCUGCUCAUCGCCCGCGCCCAGCUCCGCGAAAUCUGCAAGCUGCACCGCUCUGUAGGGCGCGUGUCCGCCUCGGACGCGGAGCACCGGCUCAACCUGCGGUACGCGCGCUGCGUGGUCGCCGUCUCGCUCACGUUCCUCGUGUGCUGGGUGCCCUACAUCGUGUACCUGCACGUCUCGGUGGCCCUGGUGCUCAGAGGCGCCGCCGCCGUCGGCAACGCCACCCACAUCGUCCUGUCCUGCACGGGCAUCGGGAGCACGGCCGUCAUCCCCGUGGUGCUGGGCCUGGGGAACCGGCAGUACACGGAGCCGGUGCGAAAGCUGCUGCGAAGCCUGCGCGACCGCACCCGCACCCCUCCACCGGCAGCCCCCGACGGACCGGCCUGAGAGGUCCCAGGAGAGCAUAACCGCGGACGUUUGUGUGGCUCCGGCCGUUGGACACGUCACCCAGCAGCGCCGCUUGAUA